UAAUCCCGCGGACUCGCCGUAGUGAGGUCACGGGACUGGUCUCUUGGCAACAACACGGGACUGGUAAGAUGGCGAAUGUGGCCAACAAAGUUUCCUGGUCCAGUAAAGAUGAUGAGGCUCGGCCCGGAGAGAAUACUCCGUUAUUGAACGGUUCCCCCAGCGCUUCUCAGAGCCCGGGACUGGCCCGACAGCUUUCCCAAAACAACUUUUUCCGUAUCGACAGGCUGACCACUGUCAAUCUAGAUGAUGAUACUGUACAGGACCAGGAUGGCGAUCCAUCUACUUAUGUUUUUAAGGAAAUUACACAUAACGAAAAUCUUCUUUCACUUAACUAUGAGAGCCUUGAUUAUGACAAUAGUGAAAAUCAGCUAUUCAUGGAGGAAGAACGGCGCAUUAGCAAAAUUGGUUUUCACGUACUUGAAAUCAAAAGAUGGAUUGUCUGUUGCUUCAUUGGAAUCUUUACUGGCCUUGUAGCCUGUUUUAUUGAUAUUGUUGUGGAAAAACUUGCUGAUGUAAAAUACAAAGUAGUUAAAGAAAAUAUCGACAAAUCUAUUGAAGGAGGUGGAUUAUCCAUUUCCCUUGUCCUUUGGGCAUCAUUGAAUGCUGGUUUUGUGGUCGUUGGCUCUUUUUUGGUGGCGUUUGUAGAGCCUGUAGCAGCUGGCAGUGGAAUUCCCCAGAUCAAAUGUUAUCUUAAUGGAGUAAAGGUUCCACAUGUGGUUCGACUUAAGACUCUGAUAGUCAAAGUCCUUGGUGUGAUCUCCUCUGUCGUUGGUGGACUGGCAGUUGGGAAGGAAGGUCCUAUGAUUCAUUCUGGUGCUGUAAUUGCAGCUGGCAUUUCACAGGGCAGAUCCUCAACUUUGAAGAGAGAUUUUAAGAUAUUUGAGUAUUUUCGCAGAGAUACUGAGAAACGAGAUUUUGUGUCAGCUGGUGCUGCAGCAGGGGUCUCUGCUGCUUUCGGUGCCCCAGUAGGCGGUGUUCUCUUCAGCUUGGAAGAAGGGGCAUCCUUCUGGAAUCAAUUGCUGACUUGGCGCAUUUUCUUUGCAUCAAUGAUUUCAACAUUUACUUUGAACUUUGUUCUGAGUAUUUACCAUGGUAAACCUGGUGAUCUGUCAAACCCAGGUUUGAUCAACUUUGGACGGUUUCAAAGUGAGGCUGUACAGUAUAAUUGGUAUGAAAUUCCUAUAUUUAUCAUUGUAGGUGCAAUUGGUGGCAUAUUAGGAGCUUUGUUUAAUCGGUUGAAUUACUGUCUUACAAUGUUUAGAAUCAGGUACGUUCAUCGUCCCUGUUUGCAAGUAAUUGAAGCUGUGCUAGUUGGGGCAGUGACUGCUACAGUUUCUUUUAUCAUGAUUUAUGCUAUAUACACGUAUGAUUGCCAGCCUAUUGGAGAAGAUCCUAUUAAAUAUCCACUCCAAUUAUUUUGUCCAGAUGGAGAGUACAAUGCGAUGGCCACAGCUUUCUUCAAUACUCCUGAAAAGAGUGUUCGUAGUCUGUUUCACGAUUCUCCAGGUUCAUACAAUCCUCUGACUCUGGGCUUGUUCACUUUAAGUUACUUUUUCCUUGCCUGUUGGACGUAUGGUUUAGCAGUGUCCAGUGGAAUUUUCAUUCCAUCUUUACUGAUUGGUGCUGCGUGGGGGAGAUUGUUUGGAAUAUUUCUUUCCAAUGUUUCAGCAGUCUCUACUUGGGCUGACCCAGGGAAAUAUGCUCUAAUGGGAGCAGCUGCACAGCUCGGAGGUAUUGUACGAAUGACACUGAGCCUGACGGUUAUAAUUGUGGAGGCAACUGGAAAUGUGACAUAUGGUCUUCCCGUCAUGGUGGUGCUGAUGACUGCCAAAAUAGUUGGGGACUUCUGUAUUGAGGGACUGUAUGACAUUCAUAUUAAGCUGCAAAGUGUACCAUUCCUUGGCUGGGAACCUCCUGAAAAAUCUCAUGCUUUAACUGCACGUGAAGUAAUGAGUUACCCAGUAACUUGUUUCAAAAAACUUGAGAAGGUUGGACGCAUAGUGGAUAUUCUGAGUGACACAUCAGCUAAUCAUAAUGGAUUUCCAGUGGUAGAUGAGAAUCAUGAGCCUGAUGGUGAUAACGUUGGAAGACUAUGUGGCUUAAUAUUACGAUCACAGUUAAUUGUCCUUCUGAAACACAAGGUUUUUGUGGAAAGGGCAAGCUCAAACCUCACGCAGAAGAAACUUCAACUUAAAGACUUCAGAGAUGCUUACCCGCGAUUCCCACCAAUCCAGUCUAUUCAUGUAUCACAAGAUGAGCGAAAUUGUACAAUGGACUUGACCGAAUUCAUGAACCCAACUCCUUAUAGUGUCCCUGGGGAGGCAUCUCUUCCUAGAGUCUUUAGAUUGUUUCGUGCUCUUGGCUUGAGGCAUGUCGUGAUAUGUGAUGGCUCUAAUGGGGUAAUUGGAAUUGUUACCAGAAAAGAUCUUGCCCGAUAUCGUUUGCAUAAAGGGCAGCUCGAGGAACUUGAAAUGGCACAUACGUGAUUUCAUCUUGUGCCUUUGUUCAGAAAUGGAGAUGCACUGGUGUUUUAACGUUUUAUAAUUCUGGUUAAAACAUUUUAUUCAGUCAGCAUUUUGUUGCACUUCACGUAAAUGGAACCUUGUGCACCAGGAUAUUUUCUGGAGGGUUGCCAUAUUGUGCCAGAAUUAACUUGUUUGCACUGUAACUUGGUAAAAGUUAAAAUUGUAUGGUGUUAUAUUAAUAUAUGUUUUAAGCUGAACAGACAAAUGCCUUGCACAGUUUCCUGCUAUUCUGUCUGGAUCAUGGUACGUGGAAAGAAUAAUGCAAAUACAAUUUUGAAGCUGCUCCCACAUGGUUAGUCGAACCAGAAUCUGAACUCUACUUCAAGAAAUUGUGCUAUUCUGACUGUGAUGUUUAGGAAGGGUUGUGAAUUGGGGGAAGCAUCCAGGGUAUUUUACAAAUAUGCAAGUUCAAGUUGAUCUCUUCAUUAACAAUUCACUAUGCCUGAGUGAGCAUAAUAAGAUGCUGCUGUAGCUGCAGGUUUCAGUAUGGUAUCUCUGAAGUCAGCUAAUUAGUAAUAUAGUACUGACUGUCUUGCCAGAGGUCAGCUACAGGGGAGCUCUAAGCAUAGAGCAAAGCUUUCCUGUCUGCUGAUUUCUAAUGUUCAACCAUAAAUAGGAAAACCUGCUAUCUCCAAACGUGAAAGUAUGAAAUUGGUAUCUCCCCAAGACAUUUAAUAAUAAGAUAUGACAUAUUUAAAUGUGCCUUUGCAUGAAGGUGGAGUUGUACUGCAGUCAGUGGAAGACUAAAUUCUGGCAGAAGGGUCGUAGUGCUUAGUUUCUUUGUUCCUGAGGUAUACUGUCCUUUUUACAUUGGUAGGCCCCUGAGAUUGCUUUGCAUUCACACAGGUGGUUAUAUAGUUCCAAUCAUGAAACUGAGUGCAAUGUAAUUUCUGUACACUUUGUUAAUUAGGUACUAUUUGCAUAAGAAUAUCUCUCUUUAAUUUAUUCAAUCAGCUUUUUAAAAAAAGAGAGGUAACAGGAAUGAUUUUUUUUAAAAAAAGAAUUUUGACUUCUGUACCAGAACAUAAAUUGGCUAACAAUAAAGUGAGAUUUGAUUGAGGGUUUUCAGUAUUUUAGUGUUGUAUUGUUCUUCCAUAAGUUCUGAUCAUAAAAUGCUGAUAUGCACAUGUUGCUUUUAUUUUAGAUCAUUAAGUUUCUCUCAUUUUUUGCAUUAUAUUAGUGAACAACAAUAGCUGGACUUCAAGCUACAGAUGUCAGUAACACUGGAGGGGCAACUAAAAUUCUAAAUAGUGCUUCAAGUAAACAAUUGAGUUUUAACAAAAUGGCAUUUGGAUAGCUAAUAAGUUUUUAUUGCUUAGGUAGUGACUUGUAUGUCAUCAUUAAUUUAAGUUCUAUUUCAUAAUCUUAAUGUCUGAACCAUUAAUAUAAUAACAAAUGAAUAAAUAUAAAGGUAAAACUGUACAACAGACAAAAUUUUAGACUUAGAACAAUGGACUUUUUUUUGACUAAAGUUUUAAAGUAACAUUGAGCUCAUGCAAGUAUGACUUUUAUUUUCUGUUGGGGGAAACAAGUUUGCCUAGCUUGAAUAUUUCCCUUUUAAAAUUGUUCACAUUCAUGAACUUAAAAAUUCAAAUUUUGAUACAUUCCUUUUGGUUUCCCAAAUCAAAGAUGGAUAGUCAGCUGCAGAGAUAAUGCUCUUAUUCUUGUACAAAGUGUCUUCGCUCCAACCUCGGAAGGGCAUUUCUUCCCCUAGCUUAAUAAUGUGAUAGUUCAUCCUCCAAGCCAGCCGCCAACCUUAUGACUUCUGGGUGAAAUUACCAAAUCUUGGAUAUCCUGCAGACUCUGGGUUUAGAUUACCAAGAGUCCUUCUAUAGCUGUAACACCAAUAGACAUCAGAAAUACUGACCAUAUGAAUUUGUUUCAAACUCAGAUCUAAGAAGAGAAAGGCAAUGAUCAAAUUCCUCUUAGUUUUUCAAGGAUGAUUUUCAUGCCCAAUAUCUUGUCAACAGGUCCAUCAUUACUUAACUAAAAGUUCUUUCAGGAUUGACGCCAUCCUUUUUGUUUUUUUUUGUUGAAAGGAAUGACCAGCAUCUUGUAAUUGUGUUACAUCUGAAAAUGCUUGAUGAUGUAUAUGCAAAGUUCAGCUGCGAUCUGAUUAAAGCAUAUUGAACUUUUAUGAAAAGGAUAGAAAAGAGGUUAAAGUUCUUUUUGUGGUUGUAUUCACCUGCAUGAAACAGAAAAAAUCUUGCAAUUACAGAUUACAAUUUGUUACUGUGGAAUAUGAAUCUGACCAUGAAUGUGUUGUUGGAGUGCUUACCACUGAUAAACACAUUUGAGAUAAAAAUGUUAAGACCUAUUUAUUACAAUGAGGUCUGACCACUUGUU